GUCGACGCACAAGAGCAGUUACGUCUAAAAGAAGGAAGAAAAGAAGAGUCAGGGAGGGAGAGGCAAGGCAGUGGGGAUGGGGCGGAGAAGUUGAGGGAGAAAACAUGCCGUAAAGGAAGAUAGCGGUAAAGAAACAGACAGGGUGCGCUCUUUUAACAGUCAUAAUAUAACGGGGAAGUCAGAGGAAGUCAGAGGAAGUCUUUGAAAAUGGCAACAUCUGCAUUUGAAUGAUAUUUUACGAGAGCGUGUGAGCACAUUAUGCGCUUGUUGCUUUUUGUCAUCACCUUGUGCUCUUUCUGCAGUGUGGCCUUCUGGAUUUUCCUCGUGAGCAAUAAUGUGAAUCCCCGUCCUUCAUCUAAGAUUCCACAAAAAGGCCCAGAUACUUCACUACCUUGCAAGGGAUGCAAAGACAGUGCGUUAAUUGCCAAAGCACUGGAGAGCUACUCAAAUGAAUGGAAUAAACAGGAGGCAAACUUUAAAACGUUCAGGUCAUUACUAAACAGCAAGUGCCAUGCUGUGUCCAAAGCUGUGGUCACACAGAAUAACACACCAGUGGGGUCAAAGAUUAUCUAUGACGGAGAGAAGAGAAAGGCACUGCAGGUGACACAAGCCCUGUUCAGCAUCUUAACUAAGGAACAACCCUUUGGAAAUGCAACUUGGGAGUCCUGUGCAGUGGUGGGCAAUGGAGGUAUUGUAGCCAAUAGCAGCUGUGGAGAGCAAAUUAAUUCAGCCCAGUUUGUCAUCAGAUGUAACCUUCCGCCACUGGGGAGCCAAUAUGAGCAAGAUGUGGGCAACAAAACAAACUUGGUGACUGCAAAUCCCAGCAUCCUCCACGAGAAGUACAGCGGACUGAUGGAGCGCCGUCGUCCAUUUGCGGAAAGCCUUCAUCCUUACGGACACGCAUUAUUGCUGCUACCUGCCUUCUCAUAUGGCCACAACACACCUGUAUCCCUGCGUGCCUUUUACACACUGGAGGACUUUGGCAAUGAUGGCCUGCUGCCUGUUUUCCUGAACCCGGAGUACUUGAGGGGACUGAAGAAGUUCUGGCGUGAGCGAGGCCUUAACUCAGUUCGUCUCAGCACAGGGCUCAUCAUGGCUAGUUUAGCAAUAGAGAUUUGCAAUAACGUCCAUUUGUAUGGCUUUUGGCCUUUCAAUAAACAUCCGCAUGACAAUCGAUCGAUCACCAACCAUUAUUACGAUGAUCGGGCGAGCAAGAAGAAUGUGCACUCCAUGCCGACUGAGUUUGAACAAUUACUGAAACUCCACAAGCAAGGUGUUGUUCGCAUACACCUGGGGGAGUGUCAGUCCACUCACAGGUUUUGUGAGAUGCACCAUUCCAUCGGACGGGUCUAAAGCACAAAGUUACUACACACAGUCUAUCGCUACAUGGUAAAUUAAUGUUUGUUCCGAGACUUUCUGGUAGAACCUGGCCACAUGGAAGAGUGAUGGGAAAGAAGCAGCUGUGCACACACACUUAAAAAAAUAUCAGAUAUGAACAUGGACAACAAAUUCAUCACAUGUUUUUAGUUACUUUGAGAUAAUCUUGCACACACGCAAAUAACUGCUGAAAACAAAUGUAAUUAAUUUAGCCUCUGCACUGUGAAGGAGUUUAAUUAAGAAAAUAAUUCCAGAUCAGCAUCCUCCAUAAACACCCUAAACACUCCUUUAGCUGUUUUGCCUUAGUCAGCUUUAAACAUGCUCACUAUAGGUGCUCCUCCAUGUCACACUAAUCACAAGUGCCAGUCUAUACUCUAGAACAUUUAUCAGUGGAAAUUAAUUUGAACUCAGGUGUGCUUGAUUAGCAGCACUGAAUUCUAAUUCUAGACCCAAAUCUCAGCCAGGAAAAACAGGGAUGUCUGAAUGUUUGAAAACAUGACAUCACAAUGGCUAUGUUCAGAAUGGAAUACUGCUUUACUACUUCUACUGCACAGUAUUAUACACUGUAUGCUAUCUGCUGUUUUGUUUUUAAAUACCAAGUGAAAAAGCAGACAAUAUUUCAUGAUACAUUUUUAGAACGGUAGUAUGCUACUUUUGUUUUUCAAAUCUAGUAAUAUAAUUUAAAACAAAAAUGUUAAACUUUUUGUAGUCUGUUUAAAUAAUGAGUCAAGAAAGAGAUGGUAAAUAUCACAACUGAUAUUAUUUCCAGUUCAUCUAUCACUAUGGAUAUGGAAGUAGUAGGCCAUCUGGGUAUUCCAUGCAUACAGAAAAUAUGCAUACUGUGCACAGUAUACAUACUAAUUAGUGCAGCAAUAAUAAGAGUAGUAUGUUAAUAUGCUAUUCCGGACAUAGACAGUGUGUGGAAAAAAAAUAGGAAUCUUAGGUGUGGUUUAGCUCCACUCAGGAGUGAGAAAACAGGAGGUGUAGAAACUUGAAUGUGCCAAUUUUGCAUGCUCUAAUCUGAGCAUGAAAGGGCAAAUUAAAUGAAUGAUUAAUAAUAAAAAAAAAAAUUUUUAGAAGAAA